AUGACAUUUCAAAAUUUUGGGGAGGGGGGAUCAUUACAUGGAGGGUCUGUUGGGCAAAGAUGCCAUGUAUGCCCACAAGUUAUCGAUUACUAUAUUCCACAAACUUCAAAAUGGGCUCGAUAUCAUUAUAUUAUUCUCGCUUUAGCUCAACUCAAUUCUUUGAUUCUGUCUCUGUUAGUGUUCUUGAUAUUACCAACAUACAGGUGAAAUAAUUUCAGAAUCUCCAGUUCCAGUUCUCUAAUGUAUUUUUUCAGAUCAGCUGUCUUUGGUUGUUUUGCUGGUUACAAGAACAUUUUGGUUGCUAUGGAGAAGAAAAAGCGCAAUAAGAUUCAUCAAAUGCAGAUGAGAAGGAAAUCGAAAUCUCAGAAAUCGGUAGAACCUUCAGUGACUGAACCAACACCUAUUGAAGAAUCGAAACCUGAACAACAUCAUAAUGUGAUUCAUUUUGGGCAUCACAAUCCAAUUCAUCCAGGAGGAGAGGUUAAAAUUUUUGUGACACCAAUGUUGCCAAAUCAGGUGACCAUGUGAUUUCUUGAAAAUGAAUGUUUUUCAUGUUAAGAAGGUAUCAUAAAUACAGUAUGAAAAAAUUGGACUUCGAGCUAAUUUUAGAAUUUAGGAAAUUUUGAUCCUAAAACAAUCCAUCGGAAUUUGUUCAAAAUUGGAAACCCUCACAUCAUCUUUUUAACUUGCACUUUGCUCACAAUUAGGAAACAAAAAACAGUUCAACAAGAGCAGAAUCAAUAACCAACCCUAUAUUAAAUUUUUAUAAUCUAACUCCUAAUUAUCCAUUUCAAUCUCUUUCAUAAACAACUUGAAGAACAACAAUUUUGUUUUGCAAAAAAUGUUCAAAAACUUUGCUAGAUUUCUGAAUUUAUUCCUGAUACUUUCACGAUUUCCAUAUCUAGUUUUAUCUUGGGGAAAACAUCAAAAUUCGAGUUGUCGACAGAUUCAUUUUUUCAUAAUUCUGCAAACUAUCAAUAAAAUAUUAGAAGAAUCGGAAAGAAAUUUAAUUGUGUAAGUAGAUAUUGUCAUUCCGAAAAAAUAAGAACUUGGAAGAGAACCCAAGUGGCCUAGGAAACCAAGACUACAGUAGACUUCGCAAAAUUUUGGAGUCUAUUUGAAAAAUAAAAUGCGAAAUUUACACAUUGGCUAUUUGCCAACCAGUUUGAUGUGCAUGUGUCACGUCAUUUUUAGUCUACUGUACGUGAGCGCCAAUUCAAACGGGGGUUCUUUUAUUUUCGGAAUGACAAUAGAUAGAAAUGCUCUUUUUAUUGAAUUUGAACUUUUCAGUGAUAAAUUUCUGUUACUCUCAAAUAUUGUUAAACCUGUUGGAGCAUCUCUCAUUCUUCUUACCACUAUAGAAACAUUUUUAAACGUUGAGGGAAAGAAAAAAUACGUCUUUGAUAUUUUGGGAUGUCUAAACUAUCUUGCCAUAACAGCCUUUCAUUUCAAAUUCAUAUCUUCAACUGAAUGUGAUACAUUUUCAUUUAUAACCAACAUAAAGGGUCCAACAAAUCAUAACAUUUAUCUACAAAUCUACACUUUACACACAUAUAUAAUCUAUGCUCUAACAUUUACUCUUCAAGUUAUCACAAUUCUUCGAAGUCAUUUGAAUCGAAAAAUAAUCUAUCAAUAUGUUCCUGUUGUGAUUAUACCAAUUUUUCAAAUGCUUUUUGUUUACCCGGUAAAUCUUACAAGUUCCGACAAAUUCAAGGAUACUGUAUCAAUGAUUUAUUUUUAUGAUUUCUUGAGUCUUGAGAACAUCGUGCCAAUUAUGUAUUUUCUAUUGAACUAUAAAACAAUGAGAAAAACAAUGAGAUGGAGAGCGGCUUCUGUGGAUGUUGUUGUUGUAUUAGAUGAGACUCCAGUUAAGCCUCAGAUUUGA